CCCCGAAGUGACAGUACGGAGGCGGUACGGCAAGUGUCAGGUGAGACAGGGAGGAACGGGACAGUGGUAGCGCGGAUCUCCGACUCCAACCGGUUUGGAAGUGAAAAAAGGGGGUAGGAAGCUAAUUGAAAAGCGAAAGAGGAGGACGUUAGGCUUGAGGAAGCUGAAUAACAAGAGGCUUGAAGAGAGAGAGAGCCGCGAAUUUGCACUUCAUUGGAGUCGGUCAUGCGCUAGACGAAAAGUUUGAAAACCAAAAGUUUGACUUUUUAAAAAUUAUUAUAUCGUGUUGGUGACGGAGAGAGGAAACCAGACAGAAAACUCAAGAAGUACUCCGGAUCGGAAUUGAAACAUGGGGAGCGUGGCGCACUACGAGCCGCAGGAAAGGAACGGAAGGAACGAAAGGGUCACCUUUUUAACGGAGAAAGAAAAGAUGGCUCCCAAAAAUUGUAAAAUGGUGUUGAUCAUUGCUGUCAUUCUCUUCUUCAUCAUCGCUGCUGCAGUUGCUGGCUUCCUGAUUUGGUUUUUCACAGCUAAACCUACACAAUUAAAGGCAUCCACUUCACCCACAAGUACCAUGGUAGCUCCUCCCCCUUCAGAUGCAGUACGGGCCUACAGUGGCCAGAUGGUGAUCUCCAACAUCAACUACACAAAUGACCUGGAAGAUUCAAGCAGCCUUCAGUUCCAGGACAUUUCUGGAGACCUGCAAGAUCAUUUAGGAAACCUUUUCGGGCAAGAUAAAUUGCUGUCCAAGUACUACAACCGCUCCAGCAUUAUCGGCUACAGUGAGGGCAGUGUCGUCUCCUAUGUCUGGGUCCAGUUUGAUAUCCCUGCUGCUGAUCUCGAUGUCCUCCCCCAAUUUACUGACAACAGAGUGAUGGGUGUGCUGCGAAGCCGCAGAGUACAGUCUAGACGCUUUGGGCAGGAUCUCAUGGUUUCCAGCCUCACUCUUUCUUCUACUGAUCCCAGGUUGGUCCGGACUCCGGAUGACAAGUCCUGUUUCUAUGCACUAACUGCAAAUGAUAAGGACCAAGAAUUCACCUCUCCUGGCUACCCAUCUCCUGGCUAUCAAAGUGGGACCCGCUGCCAUUGGCAAAUUCGUGCCUCUAAAGGGAAGGUUAUUGCCCUCUCCUUCCCGAUCUUCAACAUUGAGGAUGACUGCAUGGGUGACUUUGUUGCCAUUUACAACUCCCUAUGCCCAGAGAACAGAAAUGCAAUUACACAAAAGUGUGGAAAUAGGCCUCCAAGCAAUCCGCUGCAGGUGAUCUCUUCAGGGAAUGUGAUGCUUGUCAGUUUUGUUUCGGACAGUACGGUGCAGCAACCUGGAUUUAGAGCACUCUUCAGGCAGGUUCCACCAAUACUAGCUUGUGACCAAACCUUAUCAGGGUUAUCUGGAAAUUUUACUUCUCCAAAUUACCCCAGCUUCUAUCCACCCAACUUGAGCUGCUUGUAUACAAUUCAGGUUCCCCAAGGUAUGCGAAUUCGAAUGAAAUUCUCCAUGUUUCGCAUGAAAGAGCCUGACACUGAUCAAGGCAGUUGCAAGAAAGACUAUGUGGAGAUAAUGUCAAAGAGAUACUGUGGUGAACGCUCUGUCCUGCAGCUGGCUAGCACAACCAAUGUUUUACAGGUGAAGUUCUACUCAGAUUCGUCCUACACUGACAAAGGCUUUGAGGCCAGUUAUAGUGCCUUCAAUCCAUCCAAUCCCUGCCCCGGAGAGUUUACCUGUAAAGCUGGCAAUUGUGUCCCAAGCUCCUUACGCUGUGAUGGCUGGAAUGAUUGUGGAGACCUUAGUGAUGAAGUUGGCUGUCAGUGCGAUGCAGAUCAAUUUUCCUGCAAGAACGGAAUGUGCAAACCCAAAUACUGGGUGUGCGACCGAGUGAAUGACUGCGGGGAUGGCAGCGAUGAGAUGGAAUGCAGUUGUGAUCCUGAUCAGUGGAAAUGCAAUAAUGGGGUCUGUAUCUCCAAGAGCAAAUUGUGUGACGCUGUAAAAGAUUGUUCUGAUGGCAGUGAUGAGUCUUCAUGCGAUAAUUCCACUGGGAUCUGUACCGAUUUCACCUUCAAGUGCAAGAAUAAUAAAUGUGUAAACUGUGCCAAUGCAGAAUGUGAUGGGAAAGAAGACUGUGAGGAUGGCUCUGAUGAGGAGAACUGCAAUUGUGGGAUUCGUCCUUAUAAGCACAAUCGUAUUGUGGGUGGCACUGAUGCAGAUAUCGGGGAGUGGCCAUGGCAGGUUAGUCUGCACUUUCAGACAAAUGGUCACACCUGUGCGGCCUCAAUCAUCUCGGAGCGUUGGCUCGUCUCGGCAUCUCAUUGCUUCUCGACCAGCAACCCAGAUAAUGCUCUUCCUGAAAACUGGCAAACGUACAGUGGAAUGCGAGACCAACAGGAGAUGAACAGUGUUCAGCAACGGAAAAUUAAGCGGAUUAUCACCCAUAAAAACUACAACUCUAUGAACUUUGAUAAUGACAUUGCCUUGCUUGAACUUGCGGCACCUCUAGAGUUCACCAACACGAUCCACUCCAUCUGCCUGCCUGACUCCUCACACACAUUUCCUCCUGGAAAACCUUGUUGGGUAACAGGAUGGGGAGCUCUGGCUGAAGAUGGCAUGCUUGCUCAAGUCCUCCAGAAAGCUCAAGUGAAGAUUAUCAACGAUACAGUGUGCAAUGAAGUCACAGAAGGGCAAGUGACUUCCAGGAUGAUGUGCAGUGGCUAUCUGACGGGAGGUGUGGACGCCUGCCAGGGUGAUUCUGGUGGGCCGUUGUCCUGCCAAGAGGAGAGUGGAAAGUGGUUCCUGGGUGGCAUUGUGAGCUGGGGAGAAGGCUGUGCGCGUAAGAACAAGCCAGGAGUUUACACCCGCGUGACCAAGUUACGACAAUGGAUAAAGGAACAAACCGGCAUUUGAGACAACGUGAACUCCUUGUCUGGAGUAUUGGAAUGAGGGAUAUGGACUUGUUCACAGCUGGCUGUUCAGUUUUUUGGUUGAAAACCAAUGAUUUCCAUCUGAAGAUCAUGUCAUGAUAUUUCUACCUCCUUUAAAUCACAGUGAGCAUCAGUGUGUUUUAUUUUAUUUUUUGUUCAUAUUUCUACUUCACCAAGUUCAAACAGCCAGUAUGUGCACUCUUUGUAAUUGUGAACCAAUUUGUGGAUUGUGUUGGAAUUCUGUUGUGUUUUUUUUUUCCCCUAGCUCAGAUCAAAUCCAUGGAUAACCAUCAAAGGGCUCAUAGAAAGUAAACAGCAGGUGGUGAUGUGUGCCAUCAGUGGUCGCUUUAUGUACAUUAAUUAAUAGAAAAUGAUAAAACCAUCUAGUGAUGUACAGGCAUUGAUUCUUUAACUGAAGAUGAGUAAAAUGUUUUUAGUGUGUGGCACUCACCCAGCAUUUGUAUGUAGUCAGAAAACCAUUGUAAGCCACAGAGUAACAGUGAAGAUGAAACCUGCCAGGCGGAAGGGUCUCAUUCCCAUGGCCAUUGUCCUGAACAAGCUGCUGGCUUUGGGAUGGCCCCUUGAUUCUUGUAUUUUUAACACACCCUGCACAUUCAGAAUAGGUGGCAUUUCAGUGCCCAUAUGCUUUGUGCCUUGUGGCAGACAUUGGCGUGCUUGCCCAUAAUUUAUUUAAAAAGAUGGUAAUUUCUUCAGACAGGCCCUGUUGUUAAAUUCUGUCUUUAACUCUUCAGUGGCUGGAAUCCCUGUAUUUCAGCUCUGUACAGCAUCAAUUCCAAAUGAGAUAGUCUUCUCCUAGUUUAAAAAAAAUGUAUAAUAUAAAAUUUUAUUUUUUGAUAAUAAAACUAUUUCCGUCACAGUGUUAACAUUGUUAUGACUUGCCGCAGAGUGAGAAUCUGCAGCUGGCUUUUGCACGUCUGCACAGCACCCAGAAUUUCACCUACCAAGAUAUGCCUAUUGUUAAAUUGUGUCAAUGUGUUUAUUACGUUAUUUGUAUUUUUAA